GUUUCAUUCGGAUAACAUUAGUUUUUAUCCAAAAAUGUCAACGAAAUGAAAAACAUAAAUUUUGAAGAAUUACUUUGAUUUUCUAUGAAUCUACAUGUUAAGUUUUGAUAAAAGAUUGUCUAUUUGAUGACUAAUGCAAACAUGAGCCUGGACAAUCAGACUACUCCGCUAGACAAGAAGACACAUGCAUUGCUACUGAGGAAGGGGUCAUCAAACAAGAUGGCUUUGAAAGAAAAAAUUGUUCAAAUUUAUGAAGCAUUUUUCCAGGGAGAAGACCCUUCAGCUGGGAAUGUCAACUUCUGGGAUGAGCUAUUUUUGCUGAAAGUAAAUACAUCAUAUAUUGAGGUGGAAUGUGAAAAGUUGACAGGAGAAGGGUUGCUGGCUCUCAAGGACAACUUCAACUUGAUGUUUGAAAAGUCAGUAGAGGUUCUUAAACAGGAUAACCCAAUACGAACAGUGAAUGCUGUACAUACAUUGAGCGCGCUUGUGCGAGGCAUAUACAAGAAAAGCUUGAAGGACCAUGGUUUUGACGUAAUCAACAUUCUCAUUGGAUUCGACAAUGCUGAGGCUGUAAUAGGGUCGCUGGUUGAGAGUAUCAAUCACAUGUUGUGUGGGGACUACCCAACGGCCUUGAAGCAGCUUCUUCUCAAGUUCCUACUGGUCCUUGCUUCUGUGACCGACAACAUCAGUCAGAAUACUCUACUGGAGUACAUCCUUAUCAACAGUGUGUACGAGUCUCUUAUCCAGAUACUUGGCAGUCCCCUACUGAGGCAGCCCCUCGGGGUUGACGCCAUUCUUGUACUCACAUUGCUUGUACAGUACAGGAAAUAUGAGUCUGCCAAUCCCUACAUAGUGAAGCUGUCAAUUUUGGACGAUGAGCUGGCUCUUACUGGUUAUGCUGAAGUUGUAUCAAUAGCUCUGUCAGACUUCAACAGAGACUACAAAACAAAAGGCCCCGAUCAACAGUCUGGCUGGUUCUCCACGCUGGCAAACAUGGUUGGUAACAUGUUUGUUGGUGAAGAAAAAGAAAUGGAGGCUGUCAAGGCUAAUGACUCGUUGCUUCUGGCGCUGUAUGAGGCCCUACAUCUCAACAGAAACUUCAUAACAGCUCUCACUCAUGCACACACUCCUUCCAUUCCAUCGACCCCGCCAAGCUCCCCGACCCCAAACUCUUCACCAGCUGGAGACCACCCGGUUAACACCCAGGAGGCUGCCCCACCGCCCAGCACAGAGCCGGUCCACCAGACAACCAACCUUCUAGUUACCUUCCUGGAGUACACCUCCAUAGUGAUUCAAGAUACCAAAGAAGAGGCACGUUACAACAAUGCGAGGCUGUGUCUGAUCAUCAUGACAUGUAUCGCAGAGGAUCAAUACGCCAACUCACUCAUGCACGACAUCAACAUGAACUUCCGUGUACCCUUACAAAGACUGCCUAUGCGACACAGGAAGGUGAAGUUUGAAGCCUCCCCUCCGUCACGGCCCCUGGCUGGUGCUGUUCUAGAUCUGAUGGUAGAAUUUAUUAUGAGUCACAUGAUGAAAUCAAUGCCUCUAGAAUUAUAUACAAAGUGUUUAGGUAUAUGCCAUAGGAUAUUGUGUUACCAGAAGCGAUGCCGCGUGAGACUACAGUAUCCAUGGAAAAACCUCUGGACAGCUCUUAUUAAUCUUCUGAAGUUCAUCCUGUCACAUGAAAACCACCUCGUCAAGAAAUCCAACAUCUUCCAUCUCUGUUCUAAGAUAGUGAACAUAUUCAACCUGUUUAUCACGUACGGCGACACAUUCCUGCCCAACCCCAACAGCUACGACGAACUGUACUACGAGCUGAUCCGCAUGCACCAAGUCUUUGAUAACCUCUACUCCAUGGCUCUGCGCUACACGACAAGUGAGGGAGAACACAAGGAGUCGGCAGCCAGACUUAUAAACCACCUAGUCAAUAUCAGAGCAAUAGUGAACCACUUCACUCCCAAGGUGGACAGCUGGGCGGCCAACAACCACCUAUCCUCGCUCACUGAGGAGCAGGUUCUGGAGGUGGUGAAGGCUAGUUACGACACCCUGACCUUGAAACUCCAAGAUAGCCUUGACCAGUACGAGAGGUACGCCGAGAAACCACGGGAGGCACCCUUCUUCACUCAGCUGGUUCGUUCGAUACUCCUGACAGUGCGGAAAUCUGUGGCAGAUAUCAAUAUUGACCAGCACAUGAUUCUACAGGAAGUCUCCACAAUGCCGCCAACUCCCUGAAGGAGUGGACACACCCCGAAGCAUAAAGGCCAAAGGAAGAUAACUCUUCCUGAAGAUAUGGAGAUUCCGGGUGGCAUGUCUUCUUAGUAUUGCUGCAGUAUUUCAAUCAAAUGUGGUGUAAAUGUUAGAUUUUAUAGAAUACAAUGUAUAUACAACAGGAUUCUGUUUAUUUAUUGGGUUGAAUAUUUAUUUUUUAAAGGCAUCCAGAAUUACUCAUAAGUUUUGAAAAUUUAUAUUUGUUUCACACUUUUUCUAAAGCCACUUACGGAGUCAAAAGGCCAAAAAAGCUGUCAUACAUGUAGGUUAUUAGCAUAAUGAUUUUUCUACUAACUGCUGUUUGCUAACGGAACUUUCAAUCAGUUAAACAAAGCUGGUUCAAAUUGCAAUUUAGCACUGAUGACUAGGUCAUGAAAUACCCUCCUCUCCACCCUCCCCUCCACCCCCCAGAAGAAUUCUCACAUUCAACAUUACAAACAGGUGUUUAAAUUUGUGAUUGAAGUAAGCAUGUUGCUUUGGCAUUAGCAUUUCUGUCUAUUGUGUGAUGUCAAUUAUAUGAGUGACAAUCCCAAAUGCCGUAAGAGCUCAGUCAAGCGGUUCAAAUUUACCAGUUUUGUCACAUGGUACCUAGGCCUAUUUCAUUCAAACAUAUAUCCCCCGGGGGGAAGGCACUUUUAAAUUAUGGCACCCCCUACAGAAACAAAUUUACCCUUUUGGGGUCCAAAUAAGCAAAAAACGACACCCACCCAUAUACUAUUAAAAUCAUUGCCUUCCCCCGGGGGAUUAUAUGUUUUACUGGAAUAGCCCUCACUUACUGGGGGUCUUUUGAUUAUUGAAAUGCCUAUUUCAUUUCAAACAGAAGUAUAAUUAUAGACCAUUGUACUUGUGUUUGUUCUGUAGAUAUAUUAUAAUAUGUAUAUUUAUGUCACUAUUUUACAAACUUGUAUAAAAUGUCUCUGUUUUGUCAUAAAACUUUAACCAAUCUUUUAACUUUAGUUAGCAUUUUGUAAAGGGAGAAUCAUUCAUUUAGGUGCAGUUAAUUUUAAGCAGUUAAUGCAAAAUGAAGGUUAUUCAGGCAGAACAGAAAAGUUUGUGUCCAGUUUCCUCACCUAGCAAGAUGUAAUUUUUUAAUUGGCUUCAGACAUAUUGUUUGGAAAGACUUGUAAAGUAUUGUUUUAUAUCAGGUGUGUUAUGUUUAUCCAGACCAAAGGCACUGGUUUUACAGGGACAAGACACCAGAUGAUACCAUUGCAAGAAAAAAAGAAAAAUUGUCAAAAACUUCAAAACAAAAUGAUAUCGUUGUGUACAAUGCAUGAAAUCUUUCUUUCUAAUGUAUCACAUCAAUGAUGACACAUAUAUCUUCUGCAGAUUUUGCAUAUUGUUCCAUUUUCAAAAUUUACUGGGUUUGUACGAAAUAUUCUUUUUAUCAAGUAAAAUUAUGUAUUAUCCGCCUCAUUCUAGUUCGUAAUGUCAUUUGUAGGCUUGUUUUAAGGAAAUACUGUAUUUGUUGAUUUUAGGAUCAUCUGGUGUCUAGUCCCUAGCAAGUGUGAUAAUGAUAUUCAAAUAAUACUUUAAAAAAAAAACCUACAAGGGCAGUGAAAUUAGAAACAAACACUAAACUAGUUUUGCCUAAUUUGUUAUAUAUAUAUAUGUAAAAUGUAAUCUAAAAUUUCAAAACAUUUUCUUUGAAAUUCUUGAGUUAACAUGGAAUUCUCAUACAAUUUUGUGCGAUAAAUUGGUGCGUAUUUAGAUGCUCAUUAUUUUCAUUAUAAAGACAUUUUUUCUGUUGAAAUGAAUUGAAUUGAAUUUAUUUUCAGUCAUAGUGGAGACCGUGCAGUUUUAGUCUGAUAUACCGAAUGAAGGAAUUUAGUAGAACGUAACCUAAAAACUGCACCUUACUGUCCUAUAUCACUUUGCUUUUAAUGUUAAUUUACCAGCAUUUGGAAUGAUAGCUAUUUUGAAAAGAAGUUUUAAAACUUGAUUCAAUUACAAUUAAAGCUAGCAACAUACAUGUAGCAUUGUUUAGGUCAACACUUUAGCGCUGGGUCUAUGCCAGAUUUGCAUAGAUGACAAAUGUCUUUUCGAAACCACUUAACAAACUAAUGUUGCUUGGUUACUUAUGGCACUGACCAACUCAACUAAUGUUAUUGUAAAUAACUGCCUCCAAGCCCCAAUUACAUCAUAAAAACAAAGUAUAAUAAUCUGACCAGUGCAGCUUUGUUAUUUUUACUUGUUCAUGUAUGAUAUACAUGUACUUUCCUUUUUCGAUCACACUAUUAUUAUGUCUCCCCCUCUCUGGGGGAGACAUAUUGUUUUUGCCCUGUCCGUCAGUCCGGUAGUCCGUCAGUCCGUCCGUACGUCACACUUCGUUUCCGAUCGAUAACUGGAAAACCGCAUGACCUAGGAUCACCAAACUUGGUAGGGAGGUUGGUCAUGAGGUGUAGAAGAUCCCUAUUGUUUUUGGGGUCACUAGGUCAAAGGUCAAGUCGCGGCGACCCCCAAUGUAAAAAACAUUUCCGCUCAAUAUCUUGACAAUGGUUUGACCUAGGUUCACCAAACUUGGUUGGGAGGUUGGUCAUGAGGUGUAGAAGAUCCCUAUUGUUUUUGGGGUCACUAGGUCAAAGGUCAAGGUCGCGGCGACCCCCAAUGUAAAAAACAUUUCCGCUCAAUAUCUUGAGAAUGGUUUGACCUAGGUUCACCAAACUUGGUAGGGAGGUUGGUCGUGAGGUGUAGAGGAUCCCUAUUGUUUUUGGGGUCACUAGGUCAAAGGUCAAGGUCGCGGCGACCCCCAAUGUAAAAAACAUUUCCGCUCAAUAUCUUGAGAAUGGUUUGACCUAGGUUCACCAAACUUGGUAGGGAGAUUGGUCGUGAGGUGUAGAGGAUCCCUAUUGUUUUUGGGGUCACUAGGUCAAAGGUCAAGGUCGCGGCGACCCCCAAUAUAAAAAACAUUUCUGCUCAAAAUCUUGAGAACGGUUUGACCUAGGUUCACCAAACUUGGUAGGGAGGUUGGUCAUGAGGUGUAGAAGAUCCCUAUUGUUUUUGGGGUCACUAGGUCAAAGGUCAAGGUCGCGGCGACCCCCAAUGUAAAAAACAUUUCCGCUCAAUAUCUUGAGAAUGGUUUGACCUAGGUUCACCAAACUUGGUAGGGAGGUUGAUCAUGAGGUUUAGAAAACUCCUAUAUUUUGGGGGGUCACAAGGUCAAAGGUCAACGUCGCUGUGACCUUUAAUGUAAAAAAAUAUUUCCGUGCAAUAUCAGGAGAAUGCUUUGAUCUAGGUUCACCAAACUUUGAAGUGAGGUUGGUCAUGAUGUCUAGUUGAUUUUGCAAUCAGUUGGUCAAAGGUCAAGGUCACUGACCUUGAGGUGAAGAACUGGUUUCUGCUCAAUAACUCAAGAACGUUUACACCCAGGAACUUCAUACUUGGUAUGCCAGUUAGUCAUGACUAGUUGAUGGCCCCUAUUGAUUUUGGGAUCCAUCAUUGAUUAUUUCUCACCUACGACCACACAAUGGGGGAGACAUGCGCUUUUUCAAAAAAGCAAUCUCUAGUUCGCAAUAAAAUAUAAAACCUGUUUAACAAUAAAUGUAUCAUAGGCAUAGCUAUUCAUUUUUGAACUUAAUGAGAAAAUGCAUGCUAUUAACAUUUGGCAGCAGGAAUGACAACUAAUCCCACAUUAUGUUUGUCUUGCAUUUAAUGCCUUUUGUUUUACAUAAACUUGGUUAAAAGGCGAAAAGUAACAAAGGCAAACAUUUUUUUGUGUAAAGAAUUAAUAACAUAAUUUAUUAUUUUGGGAAAUGCAAAUCAUGUGGCAUUAUAUUUUGUACAAGGUGAUACAGUCUUCAAAUGUUGUGUCACUUUCUUUCAACAUGAUUUUUGUUUAGCCUACGGAAAGCCCCACCCUAGCAGGACAUAAUAUAUGGACAUACACGUACUUAUCAGGCAAUUAUCUGCAUGGUGUUUCAUAGUUGUAUUUAGCCCCACCCUAGCAGACAAAUAUGGACAUACAUGUACUUAUCAGGCAUUUAUCUGCAUGGUGUUCCACAGUUGUAUUUAUUGUUUUGUUUUAUUUGAGGUUUUGUGCAAUAUGUACUAGAUGAAUACUGAAUAAAACCCACAAGUCAUAA